UGCGCCCUGGAGUUGGCAGCCACCAGCAAGACACCUGGGGCACUGCUCAGCCCUGCCACCCGUCCCCGCCAUGGCUGGGCUGAAGCAGAUGUCACCCCUUACCUUGUGCCAGGGAACAGCAGCGUGGGGAGCCUGGUGCUGCGGCAUGUCUGUGUGCACGCUGGCCGGGCCAGGGGCCACGAUGCCCCCAUGGCUCCCAGCCACCCCUUCCUCCUCCUCUACCUCAACGAUACUCGGGCUGGGCUUGCACCUCCAGUGGCAGAGCCCCACCGACACCGGCGUGACACAGGGACACUGGCCCAUGACCUGCCCAGCUACCUGAGGGAGCAGGGAGGGGAGAAGAGCGACUGCUCCCUGCGCCCCUUCCCAGUCAGCUUCGCCCAACUGGGCUGGGACCACUGGAUCAUAGCUCCCCACCGCUACAACCCACGCUACUGCAAGGGCAUCUGUCCCCGCUUGCUCCGCUACGACUACCACGCACCCAACCACGCCGUGGUGCAGAGCUUUGUCCAUCAGCUGGUGGAUGCCAACGUGCCCCGACCCUCCUGCGUCCCCUACCGCUACAGCCCCAUCAGUGUCCUCAUGAUCGAGCGUGACGGUGGCAUUCUCUACAAGGAGUACGAGAACAUGAUUGCAGAGUCCUGCACCUGCCGGUAG